AGAAUUUUAGUAAUGCUGUAGGAUAACUUUUACAUAUUCUAUAACAAGCUUCAGUCUGAAAGAAUUUACAUACUUUAAGAUCCAAAAUCUUAACAAUUCCAAAAUCUGGAAAUAAAAUAAAAUUUCUGGUCUAUAUAAGCUGAUGAAAAAACCAUGAUAUAACUUAUUGACAUCAGGAUAACAUAUUAUUGGUGCAAUACACUGUACUGUAGGUAGAAAUGAUUGUUUGAUUCUGGCUUUCAUAUCCUGAUGUAAGUUAGGAUGAACUCAGUGGAGUUAUACUUGAGUCACAUCAUGGUAAGUGAAAUUAGAGCCAGACAUACACAGUCUCACAUUUUUGGACACAUUAACAUAAAAGAGAGAACCAUUCUUGUUUUAAAUUCUUUGCAUAUUAGAAUACCACAGUUAUAUCUCUGUGGUGUGCUAAAUUUAAGCUGAUAACUUUCCAUAGUUACUAUAGAGAGGCAAAGCUCUUAUUAUUGCGCUCUCUAAAGAUGGGCUAGAAGACUUAUUUUUAGUAUUCUAGGUUUAGGCAAUUCUUCUUCAAACAUGUUGCCUUUUUGAGAGAACAUGUAAAGUGGUUCCUAAAAUCUUAGUGAAGCGAAGAGAUUCAUUUUGAAUUCAAGUGAGCUGUCACUGUAACUCAGAGUGUAUCCCACACUUUUGGCAAGACUUAUUAGUAAAUCACGCACAUUACUUCUAACCCUUGAACCACAUUGCUUUUUCCUGGGUUAAUUUUUUGUUUCUUGAUGGACUGUGUUUUUGUAAGGCAGCUCUUAAUUACUAUUGUAGGUUUUUUCCGAAAGAAUUUAUUUGAAGGGAAAAGACACUAAUGCAAUACCCAGUAGUUUCCUGAUUUCUCAUGGUCUGCCUGUGUACGUUUGUGCAGAUGCCUGUGAAGCAUAUAAAAAUUCCAGAAGAAAACAGGAAAUGUCUUGGUAGUUUCCUGAACGGCUUUUGACUUAUGGGCUUGUCUCCGUUAGAGGCUGUUGAUAUGCCUCUGGGGCUUGUGCCGAUUUAUUGAUUAUGCUAAUAGCUUGUCCCACCAUCAAGGCAAAUGUGCUUGUGAUUUGAAAGUCACUUCUGCUGAAGAGUUAGGUUGUUUUGUUUGUUUGUUUUUACAGUUGAUAUAUUAUUCCAUGGGAAAAUCCCAUGUUCUUGGAAAGGCUGUUUUUGUCCAGCAAAAGUUCUUCAUAUUUGAGGAACCUGAGCAUGUACCUUGUAUACUUAUGUUAAUCAAGUUAGAUCACAACUUUUACUUAUCUGCAGGAUAGACUCAGUUUUUGUCUUUGGGAAGCUAUUUCUUGUUGGUUUGUGACCUGAAGGAAUGCUUAGAUGGAGGAAGCACUUCUGUCAUUGUGCAGUGUUUAGUAUUUCCUAAUAAAUGCAGCUAACUUGUACUAGUCCCAAAGGCUUUUCUCUUUUGGGUUUUUCCUCUCUUCUCCCUCUCAAGGAGAGUCUGUCAUGGUAAACAAAGCAGCUAUUCAGCCAUCAUUUUUCUUCCCAAAAGACCAAACAGCUGCCCACUUCCCUAGCAGAGAAUAAGAAAUCCUUUUUUGCAGUGGGUCCCUGAGGUCGGAAUGACAGAGGAAAAGAUUAGUUUGCUUGCAUUGUAAGCUGUGUGUAAGAAAACAUUGUAGUAUAAAAUAUUGUGGCUGUUUCUGUUAAAAUGUACGACAUCCUAUUAGGCCAUUGUAAUAAUAGUGAGUUACUGCUACAAUGGAGCUUUUUAGGUUGACCAUACUGAUUCCAUUUUUUUCAAAUGCAGGACUUCAGUCUUUAAAUGGAGUGGUACUGAAUGGGAGGGAAAAAUGUGGAACAUUGUUUGUGGGCUUUUUGCUUGUGAGUAGAACUGAACAGAAAAAAUAUUUUUGUUGAAAAGUUGAAAAAUGGUCAUUCUUUGUCUUAAGGAAGUUACAUAACCUUCCACAAAAAUAUUAACAUUAAUUAAAACCCCAUUAUUAAUUUAAAAGAGAAACAAGAAGACACCUGCCUACUCAUGAAAGAUUAGAUUAUGCCAGUAUUAGAUGGAUAUCCUUCCAGCCUGAAGUCCUCUGUUUAUCCCUAGCACAAGCUCAAUGUUGAUCCAAAGGAAUCAUUUCCCCAGUGAGAAGGUAGGUCAGUUUUCAUACCCUUUUAGUCCAAGGUCCCUCUUCUGACCACAGGGUCCCUAUUGUGGAAGUGCUUUUUAAAUUGUGGGUAAUUGAUCCUUGUGAUGUGGCAAAUUCAAGCAAAUGCAUGUGAUAUAAUAUCCGAUACAACUGAAUAACCUCUGAUUAAACAAUCUACAGAGAGUUACAGCCUUAAGUCACUACUGAACUGAGUUGGAUUUGAACUGGUGACCUAAAGGUGAAAGGCUUUUAGCCUCUAAACUCCAGGCAUUGAUUUCUAAUUCUCUUGUGAAAUCAAUCACAUGACAUAGAUAUAUUGAGCUACCUUAUGGCUGCCCUGACUCCCCUGACCUUUGUCCUUUCUGUAAUGUAUGGAAGAAUAUUUAAUGCAUCUUGUUUAUGAAACAAGCUGUCCUCUCUAUCAGCUGCUACCUUGGCCCACAGCAAGUUAACAGGUCAUGCAGAGAAGAGAGAAUUAUGAAAUGUUUGGCUUCUCGGUGUUGCUCAAUCCCUUCUGCUAAACAUAGUGUUAUGAGUAAGACUGGCAUCAGAUGCUUCAGUCUGAGAGUUAGCCUUGCAAUCUGGAAUGACUUAACAGCUCUUUUAUAGCAUUGAAAUGAUCAAGUCAUGCUAUAUUGUAUCUAUGAUGCCAGAGCUGAGCUGUAUUAACAGAGCAAUGAAUGGCUUUAGGAGACACCAAAUCAGGAUGAAAGGGCUUGCAUGAAAGGCGUCUUAGUUGAAUUCACAGAAGCUGGGGCAAGCUUCAAGUGAAAGAUGACAGUGUGAUUUAAAAAGAUUAAAGAAUAAACUUCUAAAAUGUUCUCCAAGUACUUUUCAAAACAAGGGGGCAUUCUAGAUCUGUUGAAUUUUUACUAGGUCUCACCUAUAUACUAUAUUAAGUGUGUACUAAUUUUCCAGUAGGCCUCAAAGAGCUCAAAGAAGUUGACCAGGGCAAAAAGUUGCUUCGGGUUGAAGUUAUUGUUUGUUAAACCUAGCUUAGGUUGAUGGUGAUUUACAAGAGUUACUGGUAGUGGCUGAUCUGAAAUCCACAUGAAAAGAUUUUAUGUCCCCUAUCCAACUUUCUGUUGGACAGAUAUUUCUACCUGUGGCUUUGGCAGCCUGCUGGUUACUCUGAGCAAAAGGAUGAAAGCUGGACAGGAUACAGGCUUCUCCGGCAAUUGUGUUGGCUGUGGCAAGAAGGGUUUCUGCUACUUUACGGAAUUCUCCAAUCACAUUAAUCUUAAACUGGCCACUCAGCCCAAGAAACAGAAACACUUAAAGUAUUAUCUGGUCAGGAAUGCACAGGGAGCUCUGACCAAAGGAUCUGUAAUCUGCUGGAAAGGGGCAGAGUUCAGAAGCCGACAGUCUUCAUCCAGCACCUGUUCGAGCACCUUGUUCCAGCUGCCAGAAAGUUCGGGCCCCUCUGGCAGCCUCUCAAAUGAAUCUCUCCCAGCAGCAAACCCAAAUGCUCCAGCUGGGACUCAACAAACAGCUGCAGCCACAGAUCAUAUCCCUCCAACAGCAGCAUUCAGCUCAGCGGUUUAUAAUGGCAAGGAAUCUCCUAAACAACAGCUGGUGAAAAAUAACCUGUCAGGUUUGACAAGACCUUCAGUGUUAGGCACUUUAACAAAUUCAGGGCCUCCAAAAAAGCGCCAUAAAGGUUGGUCACCAGAAUCUCCAUCAUCUACAGAAACUUGGAACUUGCAGCUCAACCCACAGGUUCCAAAUAGAAUUAAAAAUGAUGGAGGAAGCCUAUCAUCUUUACCACAUUCUGCUUUGGUGGGGCCAGCUUCAUCUCCAAUGGUGGGCUCAGGAGAACCUGUCUCAGUUCCUGACAACUUGCUGAAAAUCUGUAAGGCAAAGCCAGUUAUUUUUAAAGGUCAUGGAAACUUCCCAUAUCUUUGCGGAAACCUUAAUGAUGUCAUAGUGAGCCCUUUGCUGUACACCUGCUACAGAAAUUCACAGUCUUUAUCUAGAGCAUAUGAGCAAUAUGGUGCCUCCACAAUACAGCCUAUUUCAGAGGAAAUGCAGCUUUUAUUGACAGUCUACUACCUUGUUCAACUAGCCUCGGACCAGGUCCCUUUGAUUGAGGAUUUGGAACAAAUAUUCAUGCGCUCGUGGCGGGAAUCACACCUCUCUGAAAUCCGUCAGUACCAACAGGCUAUUCCACAGACCUUUUCUCCAGUGCCCAGCCAGAUUUCACCAGUGACUUCAGCGCAGCUUCCCUGGCUGGCAGGCCUGGCAGCUAGUUCCUGUAAUGACAGUGUCCAUAUCAUUGAGUGCAGCUACUCUCUGGCUGAAGGGCUUUCAGAAAUGUUUAAGCUGCUUAUUGAAGGAAAAUUAAUAAAGACAAACUAUGUGGUGAUCAUAUGUGCUAGCAGAAAUCGAGCCAUUGAUUCCUGCAUUGUGAUAACAGGGAAAUAUCAGGCAAGAGUUCUGUCUGAGAGCAUGCUCAGUCCUUCAGACUACCAAAAGGAAGUUAACUAUCAGCUGGUCACAGGCAAAGUGGAAACUCUGGGAUCUUUCUUUAGCACCCUCUGCCCAGAGGGUGACAUUGAUUUUUUACUGGAGAAAUUUUAUCAAGAAAACCAAGGGCACAUUUCUUCAUCUCUUUCUGCUUCAGUAAAUAAACCAACGAUGCUGAAUGGAACUGGAGCAGCUGUAUGUACAAGUUAUGACAUUGAGCGACAUCAGAUUCGUCCAUUCCAGCUAGCAGUGGCUCAGAAAUUGCUGUCUCAUAUUUGCUCAAUUGCAGACUCCAGCACUCAAAAUCUUGAUUUGGGUUCCUUUGAGAAAAUUGAUUUCUUGAUUUGUGUUCCACCCUCUGAAGUGACUUAUCAGCAGACUUUGUUUCAUCUCUGGCACUCAGGCAUUUUAUUAGAACUUGGAUUAGAAAAGGAGCAUCUCACAAAGCAGAGGGUAGAACAGUAUGUUAUGAAGCUGGAUGUAGAGGCCCAGAUUAAGUUCAAAGUCUUUUUACAAAACUCUAUGCAGAAUCCACACACACUGUUUGUCCUAAUCCAUGAUCACGCACACUGGGAUCUAAUGAGUGCUAUGCAUAGCCUUUAUCCUCAAACAGAACUGUCUACAGGACUUGUUGAUAGACUGUUGAACUGCAGGGAGGUGAAAGAGGCGCCAAAUAUUGUGACCCUCCAUGUGACUUCCUUCCCCUAUGCGCUGCAGACACAGCAUACUCAUAUCAGUCCUUACAAUGAGAUCCACUGGCCUUCUUCAUACAGCAAUGGCGUAGAUUUAUACAAUGAAAACAAGAAAUACUUUGGACUGUCAGAAUUCAUUGAGUCCACCCUCUCUGGACACAGUAUUCCACUGCUUCGGUAUGACAGCUCUUUUGAAGCAAUGGUUAUGGCUUUGGGAAAAAGGUUUCCCAGGUUACACAGUGCAGUGAUAAGGACUUUUGUCCUCAUACAACACUACUCUGCAGCUAUGAUGGCAGUGUGUGGUCUUUCUCAGAUGAAGAAUUACACCUCAGUUGAAACUCUGGAAAUCACCCAAAAUCUAAUAAACUCAUCAAGACAAUGUCCUAGUGGUCAUGGCCUCAUGGUAGUGUUGAGAAUUCCAUGUACUCCGCUGGCUGCAGUGGCAUAUGAACGUCUGUAUAAUGUAAGGGAAAGACUAGCCCUUGAAGAUAACUUUGAAAUAAUCUUGGGAAAUCCUAAUUCCGGAAUCACAAUAGGGAAGCGCUUUGUGGAGCAACUAAAGGUCUGGCAGAAAAUUGAAGAUGUAGAUUGGAGGCCACAGACCUAUUUGGAAUUGGAAGGUCUGCCUUGUAUAUUGAUAUUCAGUGGUAUGGAUCCACAAGGGGAGUCUUUGCCACGAUCAUUGAGAUACUGUGAUCUACGUUUAAUAAAUUCAUCCUCUUUGGUAAGGACAACCUUGGAGCAAGAGCUUGGUUUGGCAGCGUACUUUGUGAGCUCAGAAAUUCAUGCAGAGAAAGCAGUUGUGAAUGAUGUGUUAGAGAGUGACCCAGAGAAACUAAGCAGCACUGAUAAUGAAGAUGAAGAAAUAGCGACAGAAGCAGGCUCUACUUCAGAAAAGAGAAGCCCUAUGAAAAGGGAAAGAUCUCGUUCCCAUGACUCUGCAUCUUCAUCUCUCUCUUCAAAAGCUUCCAUUACAGCAUUCUGCAGUGAGUCAUCUCCUGCUUUAAUAACAACAGGGGAUACAACAAAAUCCUCCCACCAAGUCCUAAGCAGCAGUGCUGAAGAAACUACAAAUAAUUUUGAGAGGCAGAAGCAGAAAGUAGACAAGGGGGCACAAACGAUGAUCAGCAAACACUUGCCACCUGUAUCUGAACAACUGGAUACAAAACAAAAUAUAAAAAGUACCCAAAUUUCCAUCACCUCUUCAUCCUCCUCACCUUUCUCCUCCUCUUCUUCCUCUUCUGCAUCUACUCAUAACUCCUUCAUCCUACAGACCUCUCAAUGCUCCAUGACCAAAACAUCAAAACAGCCUCCCAUAGUUUUCCUGCCCAAGCUGGUGUAUGACAUUAUUACCUCUACUGACAGCAAUGGACUUCCAAAGUCAUCUUCCCUCUUACCUUAUCAUUCUGUGAUGUGGGCAAGUUCUUUCCGUCCUCUUAUGAGUAAAAUGAUGACCUGCACGGAGCAGUCUCUAUACUACCGCCAAUGGACAGUUCCCAAGCCAAUCCAUAUGGACUACAAUAACAGAAACGAGAGCAGGAUGGACACCUUUCACCCAAGGAGGCUGCUGCUGAGUGGGCCACCACAGCAGAACAUAGGAAGCGGAAACAAGGAGAAGAGCCAGCACCAUUUGACCAGCUGUCUUUGGACCAUCAGCAUAUUUUCUAUGAAUCACCACUGGUUUGCAGAUCACAAUUUGAAAACCACUGCUGUGAUAGGGAAAACAGGUGCCUAUCUGCAGUUCCUCAGUAUUUUGUCCAGAAUGCUGAUUAGACUGACAGAAGUGGAUGUUUAUGAUGAGGAAGAGAUCAACAUUAACGUAAAAGAAGAAUCUGAUAAAUACUACCAUCAGCCUGGAGAUGCGUGGCCAGAUUUGGAAACAUUUAAGAAGAUCCCUUUUGACUACACUAUCCAUGAUCCGAAAUACGAAGAUGCAAGUCUGAUUUGUACAAAGCUUCAGACUAUAAACAGUGAAGACAGAUCAAUGAGCAGGAGACAGGAGGAUAUGUAUACACGACGUCAAACAACUAGGAUGAGAUUAUCCAAGUAUGCAGCAUAUAACACCUACCAUCAUUGUGAACAGUGUCAUCAGUAUAUGGGUUUCAAUCCCAGGUACCAGCUUUAUGAGUCCACUCUGCAUGCAUUUGCCUUUUCCUAUUCCAUGCUGGGAGAGGAGAUUCAGCUGCAUUUUAUCAUUCCAAAGUCAAAGGAACAUCAUUUUGUCUUUAGCCAACCAGGAAGACAGCUGGAAAGCAUGAGGCUACCACUAGUCACAGAUAAGAGUGAAGAUUACAUAAAAAGUCCUACUUUUACUCCCACUACUGGGCGUCAUGAACAUGGACUUUUCAAUUUAUAUCAUGCAAUGGAUGGGGCCAGUCAUUUGCAUGUUUUAGUUGUCAAGGAAUAUGAAAUGGCCAUAUAUAAGAAGUACUGGCCCAACCAUAUCAUGCUUGUUCUUCCAAGCAUUUUCAACAGUGCAGGAGUAGGUGCUGCACACUUUCUGAUAAAAGAGUUGUCUUAUCAUAACUUGGAGCUAGAACGAAAUCGUCAGGAGGAGCUGGGAAUUAAACCCCAGGAUAUUUGGCCCUUCAUUGUCAUUUCAGAUGACUCCUGUGUUAUGUGGAACGCAGUAGAAGUUGAUUGUUCAGGAGACAGGAAGAGUGACUAUACAUGGACUGAAAGGAAUGUUUCUUUGAAGCAAAUUCUGCAACAUAUUGAAGCAACUCCCAAUGUCACUCACUAUGCUUUAAUUGGUAUGAGGAAAUGGGCCAGCAAAACAAACAGUGCUGAGAUCAAGGAACCAUUCUCCUGUUGCCACGUGCAUGAUUUCGUCAUGCUGAAUGUUGAUCUAACACAGAAUGUUCAGUACAAUCAGAACAGAUUUACGUGUGAUGAUGUUGACUUCAACUUGCGUGUCCACAGUGCUGGCCUUCUCAUCUGCCAGUUCAAUCACUUCAGUGUCAUGAAAAAGCAAAUUGCAGUAGGAGGACAGAGAUCCUUCCACGUUAAGUCUAAGGUAUCUGACACUCCAGUUUCAAUCUCACCUGCUCAGUACAUUUGUGCUCCUGACAGCAAGCAUACCUUCUUGGCAGCACCUGCUCAAUUGCUCCUUGAAAAAUACCUCCAGUAUCACAGCCAUCGAUUCUUCCCUCUCUCACUGAAGAAUUAUAACCAUCCAGUGCUUUCUGUGGACUGUUACCUUAACUUAGGACCACAGAUUGCAGUUUGCUAUGUGAGUUCCCGGCCUCACUCUCUGAACAUCAGUUCCUCUGGUUUGACAUUCAGUGGUCUCCUGCUGUACCUCUGUGACUCCUUUGUUGUAGCUAGCUUUUUGAAGAAGUUUCAUUUUCUUAAAGGUGCCACCCUGUGUGUUAUUUGUCAAGAUCGCAAUUCUCUUCGCCAGACUGUUGUCCGGCUAGAGCUGGAAGAUGAAUGGCAGUUCCGACUGAGGGAUGAAUUCCAGACUGCCAAUGCCAAAGAGGACAGACCACUUUUCUUCCUGACUGGACGACAUAUUUAACAGAAGGCAGACUGGGAAACUAGAAAAGAGGAGUGUCACAAGAAUCUAAUUGUCACCAGCUCAAAAAAUGACCUUUGAGAGCUCCUGCUUUCUGAACAGAAACAGGACAGCUUUUCAUAGUUUAUUGGAAUGAUAUUUAAUCAGUCAUUUGCGCUUAUAUUUCCAAACACUGAAAGUGACUUUUCUAUUUAAUUGUCUGAAGGAAGUAAUUACUGAUUCCUGGGAGAGACGCAGAAACUUACUGGAAAUCAUUUUGGAUCAGAAGAGAGGUCAAUGAACACAUUUCUCUUCUGAAAACAAAGAGUACACACAAGUUCAUCAGUAAGAGUUUUACAAAACUUUUUGUACAUUCCAGAAAUAGUAAAUGUAAAUUUAGCAGCAGAUUUUGUUUUAUACAAGUCUUAUUUAUCUAACAGUUGGCACAAUGUGACAGAAAUUAUUACAGUCUGGCAGUAUACUGCUACCAAUUGAUCCAGUUAGGCUUUUUAUAUGAAGAUAUGUAAAGUAUAUUUCUUACACAAUGAGAACUGAGUUGGAACCUUAAUUUUUGGAACAGGUGCAUACUGCGUAAUUUUACCAUACAGGAAUAUUGGGAUAGAAGUUUAUUUAUGUGUCUGGUUUCCUUAGCAUAAGGAAGGGAGUCAAGAAAGUAGACUUAAAAAUGAGAUUUGAACAUUUAAACCUGAAAAUGAAAACUUCUGCAACAAAUGAAGAAACUAAAUGGUGAGACUGACCUGCAAGUGACCUACUACAUCUAAUACACUGGUGUUUUUGGCUGCUGAUUACAUUAUUGCACUGGCUGCAAACCUCAAGCUGGACCCAUGCAGUCAAGACAGCAAAUGAGAUGGUUCUGAAGCUCUCCCAAAAUAUGCCUUCUGGGGCUGUUUUCUUGCCAAGGUGCUUCAAAAAAGCAAGAAGUUGAGACUACAACUCUGAGAAAUGUAGGUAGAAAUCUAAAAACAUCUUCUAGAAAUGCAUCAGGCAGCACAGUAUUUUGUACAGCGAGUUGUUAAAUGUAGAUUUUGUCCCUGUUUAGGUUUAUGGAAAUAUUCUCUGAGUUGCAAACUUCAUGCUUGUCUUUAUAGAAUCAGUGUUACCUUCAGCCAGAGCUGGCCACUCUAUCCAGGUGAAGGAAGAAGGAUGGUCCAAGAUAUUGCCAGAAGGCUUCUAAUAUAUGGGCAGUCCUUUCUGGGUGGACACCAAUGAUAGGACAAUAUUUUGUCCUGGUGAGAUGCCAUGAGGCAGCUGAAACCAUUACAAUAUUGGCUUUGUGAUGGAAACAUGAAUAUGACUGUGCCAAAGAGCUGAUUUAGGUUCAUUUUCAGGGAAAAAGUAAGUUCAGUAAGUAUGAGAGACUUAGACUGCUAUUUUCAAAAUUACUUUGCUAUAAAUCAGUGUGUUUGUAUAGUUCAUUGUUCUUGUUUCAGAGUGAGAAUUCUCUGUUUAAGUUUUGGGAAGGAAGGAGGGAGUCCUGUGUAAAUAAUAUCACCUGUGCAGUUUUCAGCAGCUGAUUAGCUAAUUUAAGCUUUUUUAGAGGAGUGUAACAUUCAUGUUUAAUCCAUCCUUUAUAAAUAAAGUUCAUACUGCAUGGA